AUGCUUUCCACAAAUUAUAGGUCCAGCGCAACCCAGACACAGAUCAUCGUGAUGCGGGCAUGUAGCCCUCAUCUGACGGAGCCCAACUAUGCUCUGCAUCUGGAGGUCGCGGAGUACAUCAACCAGAAGAAAGCCAAUACCCCGCGCGAAGCAGCGAUGAUGAUAGCCACGCUCGUCAAUAACCGCAAUCCCCACAUCGCGAUGCUUGCCCUCGCACUCCUAGAGACCCUCGUACAAUCGUGUGGAUACCCCUUUCAUCUGCAAAUAGCCACGAAGGAGUUCCUCAACGAGCUCGUCCGCCGCUUUCCCGAACGCCCGCCGCCGUUCCCGGGCCCCGUCAUGACACGUAUUCUCGACCUGAUCAAUGACUGGAAGGAGGGGAUCGCGUCCGAGUCGCGGUGGAGAGAGGAUCUGGGGAACAUCCGGGACAUGCACCGUCUCCUGACGUUCAAGGGCUACCGCUUCCGCGACCGACCACGUCAGCCGCCCAUUGCCUCUGCCUCCUCACUGAAAACUGCCGACGAGCUCGAGGCGGAGGACCGCGAGGCACAGGAGGCGAAGUUGCAGGAGCUCAUCCGGAGAGGGACGCCGCGGGACCUGGCGGCGGCGCAGGAGCUGAUGAAGACGCUCGCAGGCGCAAACCCCGACGCGAAGCCGGACUACCGCUCGCAGGCCUUGACAGAACUCUCAAAGCUCGAGAGCAAGGUGAUCCUGCUCAACGAGCUCCUAGAGAACGUGGACACGGGGCGGGGCGAGCAGUUUGCGCAGGGCGAUGUAUACGAUCAAGUUGCGUCCAUCCUCACGGCCGCACGCCCAAAGAUCCAGGGCUGGAUCUCCAACGCAGAGACGGACGACCCCGAGUCGCUCAACACGUUCCUGCAGAUCAACGACCAGCUGAACGCGGUCCUCAACCGGUACGACUCGUACAAGAAGGGUGACUUCACGGCCGCGGCGAACCCCAUCCCACCAGAGGUCACGGCCGCGUCGCAGAACGACUCGCUCAUCGACUUCGACGACGGACCAUCGUCCGCGCCAGCACAGCCCGGCCAGCAGCAGCCACCACUGGACGAUCUCGCGAGUCUUUUUGGACCGACCGCCCAGACACAUUUCCAGACACAGCCUCAGCAGCCGAUGAUGAGCGGGAUGAGUGGGAUGGGCGCUGGUAUGCACAUGGGGUCCGGGAUGGGCUCGAGCAUGGGUAUGGGCAUGGGAGCGGGGAUGGGUAUGGGGAGCGGAAUGGGUAUGGGCAUGGGCUCACGCAUGGGUAUGGGUAUGGGCUCGCAAAGCGGCUCGAGCUCACCAAUGGCCGCACCAUCACCCUCGAAUGGCUUCUCGAACGGCAUGGGCAUCGGUGCGGGCACGCCGCCGACGCUCAACCUCGCCGCGCCUUGGCAGCAUCCGCCUGGGCACGCCCAGCAGCCGUCGACGCCGAACUACUUCGCGGGCGCACAGUCGAUACAGCCGCAACAGACGCAUCAGCCGAUCCAACCACAGCAGCAGCAACACCAGACGGGCAGGUACCAGCAGCAACCGGGGACACCGGGCAGCGCUGCGCCGGCGAAUGGGGCGCAACAAGGCGGGAAGGACCCAUUCGCGGACCUUGUGGGGCUGUUCUGA